UUAUCUGCUCUUUCCAAUUUCAUUUCUACAUAACGAAAUAUACCUCAAAAUGAAAUCUUCAAUUCUCUGCUCUUUUCUAGUCAUUUGUAUAGCAGCAGCAUAUGCUCUGGAUUGUCCUUCUUGCGACAAAUCGCUAUGCAAGCCACACGGCAGAUGCCCAGCUGGAAUAGUAAAAGACGUAUGUGCAUGUUGUGAAGUCUGUGCCAAACGUAUAGGAGAAGAGUGUGGAGGUCCUUGGAACGUAUUCGGGAUAUGUGGUCACAGCUCCGUUUGUGCCAAACCUCCUCCUCCUCCAGAAGUCGAUAAUAAACAAGUAUGGUAUUUUAAUCAGAAAGGAAUUUGCUCUCCCCUUGUUUAAUUUAUUAACAAUAUAGAUAGAGUGAAAUCCACAUUACUCUGUUUACUUUGCUAAUAAAUUGCGUUUAGAAAACUUCAUGUAUCAGUUGUUCUUAAUAAAAUUUCUAUCUGCUACAUAA